AUGAUGACCAUGACAUCAGUUCACACGCUCAGCGUUUUGAAGACGGCCAAGUCAGGCCAUGAGUCUCCCCGUCGGGAACAUUCGGAAUACCAAGACGAAUACAAUGACGGCAAUUCACAGGCUUGCCGCUACGAAGAAGGCCAAGGUUGCUACCAGAGUGAAUCUCCCAGAGAAUACUCGUCAAAGCGCCUGCCCAGCUACGAGCACCAGCCUCUCGAGGCCAUCAUCACCCAGGCGGGCCUCCAGCAUGGCGCCUACGAGAAUGUAGUCGAGUUCACAACCAACUUCCUCGACAGAGCGGUCGAACUGACACGACUCCCACGGAUCCCCGGAGAAUUUGACACCAUCACGACCUGGUACUUCACCCGCUGCAAGACCCACAACGACGCCAUCAACCUCUUGCGGAUCGAAGGCUGGCAGGAGCAGCGCAAGCUCGGUCGCAACAUCCUGUUCGACUUUGAGCUCCGCCCGAAGAAGGUGGCCAAGGAGCGGGCGGCGUGGUUCAAGGAGCACGUCUGGAUCUGGGGGCUUGUCCCCGGCGCCGCGUUGGGGAACGACGUGCCUGUGUUCAAGUUCUCGGAUGAGGACCUGAGGUUUCUGGGAAAGUAUGUGUGGCCUGUGGAGUGGGAGCUAGAGGAUGCUCGGUUAUUUGCGCGGCGUCAGGCAUCGGCGGAAUCUAAAGGAUUUCUGGGGAUGUUUGGGCGGAAGACUAACGAGCUCGAGCUGAUGGCACACGAGCGAUGCCUUUUGCGUGAGAAUUGGAGGGAGUUGUACGCGAGUUGGGAGUGGCGACAGAAGAUUGCAAACAUGUGGUGGGGCUCGUCCGCUGAUCAGACGGCAUGGAGAUCUUGGAUGGUGGGUGAGAGACGGUAG